AUGAUUAGAAUGACUGGCAACGUGGGUAAUCGGCUUGCCUGGAGUGAACAGGUUGUUUUUGAUGGAAAGUCUAAAGAAGAGCAUGGAAAAUCUCAGUCACUUCUUGAUUUUAAGAAAGCCAUGGAAGCAAAAGCAAGGAGGACAAACGAUGUUCAGUGGGAUUUGGAUGUGCAGCCUCUCAUUUCCUCUGCUAGAUGGCUUCAUCUUCAUGGGCUCAAGAAGAACAAGUUGACCUUUUCUCAGAUUUUUUCCCAAAUUGGAUUCCAGCGCAAAGAAGAUUAUGUCUCCAUCUUGGGAAAACUUGUGGCUUCACGAUAUGCAAAUGGUCUGUAUCAUGAGUACAGGGCAGAAUCUGAUGGCAAGCUCUAUAAUCUGACAGCAAAAAAGAGCCUUCUCCUUCAUUUUGCAAAUUGUCUAACUGGAAUGAUUGAACUGUACAAAGAAAGAAUGGAGUGGCUAACUACUGAAAGUCGGCAGAUUUUUGGAGUAAUACAAGAACAGAAUAUCACUAUUGCUCUGGAUUUUGGAACGGCUUCUCUAAGUGAAUUUAAUCUCUGCCGAGAAGCCCUUUCUAUGGUCUUAAUGCAGCAAGUGGCCCAAAUUGAUAAAUUUAACUUAAUCCGGGGGGCUCAGGAUCUCGUGAAAUGGCAAGAGAAGGCCGUUUCUGUUACGAAGGACUCUAUAGAAGCUGCCAUUGAGUGGCUCUGGAUGAUGGAAUACGUACCAGCUGUUUGCCACACCGGACCUACAGAAGCAAUCUUGCAGGCAUUGUUUGAUCAUACGAUAGAAGCUGUAUACUAUUUUGUUGUGGGUGAUAUGCCAGAAUGCACGAAGCACUUGCUCAUACAGAAGAUCUCAAGAAGCCCAUGUCCAGUCCAUACUAUAUCUUUCAAUGCUAGAGACGAAGAAACAGUUGCUUUCUUAAAGGAGCUAAGUCAGCUAACCACUGGCAGGUUCCAUGCAUUUGCUGAGAGGACUGAUGAUGUGUUUGUGAUGGGCACUUCACUCAAUAAUAAGGAUGAGAAAGCUACCCUGAGUUCAAGUAAGCUGAAAGGAAGACUCCCUUUAGGAACAGGUGUCAGAGAAGAUGUCUACCUGAUUUGGAAGGAACUAGAGGAAGCCAGGAAUAUCUUAACCCAGAUACAGAGAAUUCUCAUAGAGUUUGAGAAGUCUGAAACAGUGGCAGCAGAGAGAAUGGGCAAUACAGAAUGUGAUCCAAAAGCAAAGGAUUUUGUAAAUUCCAGAGAGUGGCUUCAGAAGAAUGGUUUGAAAGCACAGAAGCUGACCAUACCUAAAGCUUUUGGGGAUUGCGCUUUUCCUCAUGCAGAGGGAGUCGUUGAUAUAAAAGCCAAGCCAGUGGAUGAGUCUUUUCAGACAAAUGCUGAGACAAAUAAGAAGGUAAUCCAUGCCAAAUAUUGCAGCAAUUUUAUACAUACAGUCUUGGAUAACGGGUCUAUAAUUCAUGUACAUUUGAAAAAAGAAAGAUGCAAAGAAUAUGAAGAUAAGAUGAAGAAUGCUCUUCAUCACAUGGAAGAAAGACUUCAGGAGCUUAAGAAAGGAAGCCGAGCCCUCUUUGGAGAUAUAACAGAAGACCACAUCUGUAUCCUCAUUGAUGUAUCUCAGUCUAUGAUAUACAAGCUGCCCGUGGUGAAGGAGAAAAUAUAUCAGCUCAUAAGAGAACAAUUUCAAAACAAAACCAGAUUUAACUUUGUUAAAUUUGAUGCCGAUGCAAUAGCCUGGAAAGACAGACUUGCUGAAGUUAAUGAAGAAAAUAUAGAAGAUGCUUUACUUUGGAUAAAAGAACUUCAGGUUGGGAGUACUACAAACAUACUGAAAGCACUUCAGAUUGCCUUUGCUGAUGAUGACACUCAAGCCAUUUAUCUUCUCACUGAUGGGAGACCUGAUCAGCACCCCAACAGAAUUUUAGAUGACCUCAAUCUUCAACAAAACAUUCCGGUUCACACUAUUUCAUUUAACUGUGAUGAUACUGGAGCCAAUAAAUUUUUGCAUGAGCUGGCCAAUAGGACAGGUGGACGAUUUCACUACUACCAUAUUUGUCUGACAGAUCCUGAUUCCCCCAAACCUUCUGAGUGUGAGGAUAUAUAUUUGGUUAGAAGAGAGAUUGAACGAGGAGAGAAACAACUGAAGAAUGUACAGAGCUUUUCCACUGGCAGUGCGUUGAUGGAUUUGUUUAAUGGAGCAAAAGAUCUUCGCAAUAAACAUUGCAAGCAGACUUUUGCUGCAAUCUCAGCAUCCACAUAAGUUGAGGGACUGAAUCCCCUAUCUCCAAAUAGGCCCUAUUGUGCAUCUGAAGAGCCUGCAUCAGCUUCAUCAGAACCUGGUAUGGAUGGACUUCAGGCACUCUCUCAGAGUCCAACCACAAAGAAGAAAGUUUUAUAUGCAGAGCAAACAAAGAGUAGCAUGCUUAGAACUCAACGCUAUGCAGCCAAGCCUUCUGAACAAAGUCAAGAUGGAAGAGCUUCACCUGCAAAAAAAGAACAGAAGACCCCAAAAGCUGAACAAAAGAUAAAUGAAGACUCUUUAGUUGCCUCUUCAGCUGAAUGGCUAAAGACUCACGGUUUGGUUGCUAGGAGACUCACCAUAAUGGAUGCCUUAGCCCCAACAGCAGUUCCUCGCACAACUACUUAUGUGCCAAUUAUAGAUAAACAUGUUGUUUCCAAAGUAUUUGAUGAUAUUUUCCCUUUUGCCCAUGUGAGCAGUGAUAAGAAAUGUGUCACCCUGCUUAAUCCUCAAGCAGUAGAUCUUGAUGUCUACAAAAAGAAGCUUCAGGAAGCAAUAAAAACAUAUGAAAGGCGCCUUGAUCAAAUUAUUUGGAAAGCAUUACCACAGGAGGAAAAAGAGAAGUUUGAACAGGAUCGGCCAGUGUCCUAUGUGGAUCAUAAAGAAUCUUUGCUCCAAGCCUUAGCCAAUUUAGAUUGGCCUGUUGCCAGUGAGGACAUUGUGUUGUUGGAAGAUGAGAUUCUGACAGGAUUAACAUACUUACAACAAGCUAUUGAACUUCAAGUAGUGUCCAGAGAGGAACCCCAGAGAAUUUGCCCACUCCACAUCUGUCCCACUAAAGAGGCGAAGAAACAACCAAAGACAAAAAUAUUUGAUUAUCUCAAAGGCCAAAAGGUCAUUGCAAGAUCAGAAAGCACAGGAUUUUAUUAUCCAGGAACAGUGGUAAGAAGCAUCACAUCAUUUUAUGCACUUGUUGAUUUUCUUAAUGGGCAGACAGAGAUUGUUCCCUUGAAGUUCAUUAUGCCUAUAGGAGGUGCAAUGCCUUGUCCACCCUUACAAGUCGGAGAUUAUGUAUUCACCAGAAUAAGGAAGCAGUUGGGUGAAGAGCUUUAUGUCCCUGGUGUUGUCAUAGCAACACCAAAUAAAGCUGGUUCAGAUGAUAAACUUUACACAGUUUUGAAAUACAACAAUAAAAAGGAUCAUUGUGUACGAAACGGGCUUAUUAAAAUCAGUCAUAGGAGAUACACUUGUUCCUGCUGCUACAUCAACAUGACCAAGAUGAUGGACUACCUCAUACCAAAUGUAAAGGUCCCGAAGCACUUCCAUACAGCAGUCUCAUGGGCUCAGAGAGAGAAAAAACCUCUCUCUGUAGGAGGGGAUUGGAAGAAAAGGAAUGGCAGACGAAGAGUUAAAAGCAAAAAGGAGCGCUAUAAAGACUGGUCUUCAUCUGACUCUGAUGAGAUGUUGUUUGCCCCCAGAAUUAAACGAAGAGAAAAUAGUUCAUCACCAUCUUUUCGUCUCAAAGAAGGAAGUGCAGAUGCUUGCAAAAGCUUUCCACAUGGUUUUUGCUCAAGUGCUGAAAAGACCUAUCUGUCAAAGGCUACUGGCUGUAGGCCAUUUAAGGGUCUUCGGGGCUCUCACUAUGUGUGCGAGCAGAGUGCCUCUGAGCCGCUUAGCAGUUGCACCAACAUCAGUGGCAGCAGCAGCAAUGCCUCCCUUUCCAGCAUUGAGAAGGUGGAAGAGUUGGCAAGACGGCUUCAGCAGUACCACAUAGCUCUAAGAAAAGACAAUCCUGCCGGUUGCAAAUAAAUAGCAUGCAAAUGGAAAACAGGGAAAGGGGAUUUGUCACCAGU